UGACUAGCGCGGGCGGCGCGCGGCGCGGCGCAGAGGAAGGCGGCUACCCUGGACAGCGCAUCGCGGCCGCGCGGCCAUGGAGCAUCUGAAGGCCUUUGAUAAUGAAGUUAAUGCUUUCUUGGACAACAUGUUUGGACCACGAGAUUCUCGAGUGCGAGGGUGGUUCCUGUUGGACUCUUACCUGCCUACCUUCAUUCUCACCGUCACAUAUCUGCUCUCGAUAUGGCUGGGUAACAAAUACAUGAAGAACAGGCCGGCUCUUUCUCUCAGGGGAAUCCUCACCUUGUAUAACCUGGGAAUCACACUUCUUUCUGCAUAUAUGCUGGUGGAGCUCAUCCUCUCCAGCUGGGAAGGAGGCUACAACCUACAAUGUCAGAAUCUGGACAGUGCAGGAGAAGGAGAUAUCCGGGUAGCCAAGGUCUUGUGGUGGUACUACUUCUCCAAACUAGUGGAGUUCCUGGACACGAUUUUCUUUGUUCUUCGAAAGAAGACCAGUCAGAUCACCUUCCUUCAUGUCUAUCACCAUGCCUCAAUGUUUAACAUCUGGUGGUGUGUUCUGAACUGGAUACCUUGUGGUCAAAGCUUCUUUGGACCAACCCUGAACAGUUUUAUUCAUAUUCUCAUGUACUCCUACUACGGACUCUCUGUGUUCCCGUCCAUGCACAAGUACCUUUGGUGGAAGAAAUACCUCACCCAGGCUCAGCUGGUGCAAUUUGUGCUGACCAUCACGCACACCCUCAGUGCCGUGGUGAAGCCCUGCGGCUUCCCCUUCGGCUGUCUCAUCUUCCAGUCUUCCUACAUGAUGACACUGGUUAUCCUGUUCCUAAACUUCUAUGUCCAGACAUACCGAAAAAAGCCAGCGAAGAAAGAGAUGCCAGAGCUGCCCACAGGGAAAGAGGUGAAGAAUGGUUUGCCCAAAGCCCACUCGGCCGCAGCUAACGGUGUAACAAACAAGAAGGUGCAAUGAAUGGAGUGAUGGGGAGCAUCACAAGUGCAGCAGCCCAACAGAUGAGCUUGUUUUAAAGCCAAGACUGGAUUGAAAGUUGUCUGUUUUAGCAUAAACUAAUUCCUUUUGAGUUUGUAAAUCAUUUGUACCCAGAAUGUAUUAUAAUGUAUUGCUAUUAGGUUACUCUAUUAACUGAAGCGAUGCCGACCUCUACAAACCUCAGAACAGGUGCAGCGCCCCCUCUCUCCUGAACUCUUUGUAAUGCCUUAUUCACGCAGAAAACCAGGAGACACGGGCUUUGUUUUUCAUGGCAAGUCUUCAGAGUUAAUUUUCUUUAGAUUAAAUGUGUAAAAUAAAAUGUUAAUUAUAUUGUAAAUGUCA